AUGACUAUCGCCACUCCCAUCCCCAAGCACACCUUUGCGGAUCGUGCGGCUGCCAACAACUUCAACGAUACCCAGAUUCUCAACUCCAACAACCGCGCUGGCGCCGAUAUUCCAGAGAAGUCGGAUGUUGUCAUUGCCGGCGGUGGUAUCCAUGGCUUGAUCUACGCGAUCCACGCUGCCACGUAUCAGCCGGGAACCCUUAAUAUCUCGCUGAUCGAAAAGGCCAGCAAGCCUGGCUACAAGAUCGGCGAGAGCACCCUGCCGCUGUUCUCGUUGUGGUGCAAGAUGCAUGGCCUCACAGCCGAGUAUCUUCUUAAUGGCACUCCCGGUCUCUUCCUGAGUGGAUACCAGAUUGAGCGAACCAUUAGCGAGCUCCUCUUCACGCUGCUGGCUCAGGGCAAGGGCAUCAGCGUCUACCACGGCCGCCAGGUUGACUUCAACACCAGUGCCAUCAACGGUGGAUCUGAGUGCAGCAAGAUCUCCAUCAACCCCGGAAAGUUCGACGGAAAGCCGGCUAACAGCAUCAACUCCUCACUAUUGGUUGACGCCACCGGCCGUUUCCGCCAGCUGGCAUCCAAGAAGGCCCCGCUGCACCGCUUCGAGAGCUGGAACUACGAUUCCUUCUGGGGAUACUUUACCGCUCCCGCGGACGAGAGCAACAUCCCUCUCCGUCACUACGAAGGCGACCACACCAACCACCUGUGCUUUCCUGAAGGUUGGGCUUGGGUCAUCAAGCUCCCUUCAUGGGAAGGCAGCUCCACUGCCAGCCUCAUGGACAUGAUCUCGUACUUGCUGGACUGUGCUGAGGCCGGUAUUCCCAGAGACCAGCUCCCGAGCUCUCAGGAGCUCGCCCGCAUGUUCGACCUCAAGUUCAAAUGGGUCACUAGUAUCGGAUUCGCCGUGCGCAACGAUGUCAAGUACCCCGAGGACAUGUCGGCCUACGGCACCCGUGAAGCCGAGCGCAAGUUCAACUACUUCGUCCAGAAGUACGAAAUCAUCAAGGAAUUCAUGACCAACUUCGACCUCAUUGAGACCCUCUACGGCCCCGGCACCACCUGGUACAUCCGCAGGUCUCUCACUUACCAGUCACCUGUCGUCUCCGGUCCCGGCUGGCUCGCUAUUGGCGACACCUGUGGCUUUACCAACCCGCUGCACUCGCCGGGUAUCAUCGCUGCUAUGUCAACCUCGACUUACGCGGCCGAACUUACACACAAGGCUCUAGGCCAGGCCAAGAUCGAGGCCGAUCAUGAGGCCGCUGAGCGCAGCAUCCGCCGCACCCUGGCACCCUAUGACGACUUUGCCCGUCGCCUCAUCCCCUUCCUGAACCAGAUGAACCGCUUCAACUACGUCUGCUUCCGCGAUCCCCGCCUGGGUCCUCAGGUCUCCUACCUCUGGCAGUUCUUUGCCGGCAUCGGUAUUCCAGACUGGCAGCUCAUCCGCCAGGACUACAACCUGAACAUGGACACGUACGUGCCGCACUCGAUCAACUGGGCCUGGGGAUCCAUGACCCCCGAGUACGACUCCGUGGCGCGUCGCGCCAUCGAGCUCGUCGCCCCGAUUCCAUUGGAAGAGUCUAUUCCGGAUGCCGUGGCCCGCGAGGUUAUCGAGCUUUCCAACGCCGUCAAGCGCGUCGCAGUCGAUUUCGGUCGCUUUAACUUCCGCUGGGACGGUCUGCUUCGCUACUACGAUAUCUACCUCAACUACCACCCUGAUCAGCCUUUCAAGGAUACCUUCUCGCGCCAGUGCCGGGAGUGCGGUACCUGGCUCCACUGUCGCCCGGACUGGCGCCGCUGCUAUGCUUGUGGUGAGACUCGUUCUGAGGAGGAUGCUGCUAUCACUUGGAACCCGCCUCUCGAGGUCGAUGAGGUCAAGGCGUUGGUGCGCGCCUCCGAUGCGAAGCCCGCCGCACGAAGAGGUCAGGAGGUCGCACUUGAGCUUCCACCGUCGGCACGAGUGGCAGCUGAAGAUCUUCUUGUCCUUGCCCUUCUUUGGUCGAUCCGGCGGAGGAUUUGGGGUAUUGCGGCUGGGUAG